AUGGCGAACAAUCACACCGAUGAUGACUUAGACGAGCUUCUCGAUAGCGCAUUGGAUGACUUCAAAGAUCUCAAUCUUGCUCAAAGAAAUCAGAGGGAAGACGAAGAGGAGAAGGAGAAGAAAGAAGAGUUGUCUCCAUUGCCGAGUGGAAUUCAAGGACUAGGAAUGGGAUUACCAGAUAUGAGAAGCAAGAAGAAAGGAAGGCAGAAAGUUUCGAAAGAGGAUCAUGUUGCUGAAGCUCUUGACAAGCUCAGGGAACAGACUAGAGAAACUGUCAAAGGAUUGGAAUCUAUUUCUCCCAAGCAGCAGCCGCAGCAUCCAGCUUCUGAUGUUGAUGAUGCUUUGGUUGAGGAUUUUCUCAAGCAAUUCGAGAAUCUCUCUGAAUCUCAGGACUUGGAAUCGAUUGUUGAAACGAUGAUGCAACAGCUGUUGUCGAAAGAUAUACUCCACGAGCCAAUGAAAGAGAUCGGAGAAAGAUAUCCGAAAUGGUUAGAAGAGAAUGAAGGCAGUCUAAGCAAAGAAGACUAUGAACGUUAUUCAAAACAGCACAAACUAAUCAAAGAGCUGAAUGCGGUUUACGAGAACGAGCCGGACAAUUCAUCUAAGAUAAUGGAGAUCAUGCAGAAGAUGCAAGAGUGUGGACAGCCACCAAAUGAUAUCGUUCAAGAGAUGGAUCCUGGCUUUGAUUUCGCCAGUCUAGGCCAAAUAUCUCCAGAGAUGCUCGAGUCCUCACCAAAUUGUUGUAUCAUGUGA